CGAAUCAGUAAGCUUGCAAAAGCGAUCGGUGCUACAUCUGGAUAGGUGAACGGGUUCGGAGAUAUCUAUAAAAUUGUUUGCAUAUCAAACUUUUUUAAUUAUUAUUAGAAGUUUGAUUAAUUAUUAACAACAAAACACAGGAAAUGUUGUCGCGACAUCUAAUCAAAUAYGAUGCAAUUGUGGGGUAUACGUUGACGUCAACAGCUUUAAGAGGGUAUGCGACASUUGUGGAACAGACGCAGAUAAAUGAAAGGGCGGCUGCUCCGAACGACUUGGAAAAUGCGCGUCCAUAUUCAGAGCUGCCAGGACCAAGCAAGUUUGAAAUGAUUCGUGGAUUUYUACCAGGAGGGAUUUUUUACAAGAAAACAUUUAUUGAAGGAAUGACCGAUAUGACAAAAAAAUAUGGCGACAUUUAUCGAUUUCCCGCCAUGUUUGGCAGACCAGAAAUGGUUUUGAAUCUUAAUCCAAACGAUUAUCCCAUAAUAUUUCGAAAUGAGGGUAUUUGGCCUGAACGGCGUUCUUUCGAAGCCUUCAUUUAUCACCGUAAGGUGCACAGAGAGGAUUUUUUUCGCGGCGUGAGUGGACUAUUGACCACAACUGGCGAAGAAUGGGCAAAAAUUCGUACUGCCGUUAAUCCGGUGCUAAUGCAACCUAGAAAUGCCAAACUCUACUUAAACACUUUAUURGAAGUCAAUGACGAAUUUCUCGAAAGAAUACGUCACAUCCGCGAUCCUUUGACACUCGAAGUUCCCGAUGACUUUCUUGAUGAUAUUAAUCGUCUCACUUUAGAAGGCGUGAUAGGUAUUGCACUAAAUACCCGUUUAGGGAUGAUACAUAGAAAUCGGGAUAAUCCAGAUAGUAAACUAUUUUUGAAAGAAGUUCGUAGUUUUUUCGAUUUAACAGAAGAGAUAGAAAUCAAGCCAUCUAUUUGGAAAAUUAUCAAAACACCGAAGUUCCGUCAACUGAUGAAAACAUUGGAUACGCUUACAGCAUUGUGCAAUAAAUAUAUUGAUGAGGCGCUAAAACGAAUAGAUUCGGAUAAUGAGGGGAAUUUGACCUCAGAAGAAAAUAAGGAGAAGAGUGUUUUAGAGAAACUAUUGAAAAUUGAUCGCAAAAUUGCUGUGGUUAUGGCUUUAGAUAUGAUGAUGGCUGGCGUUGACACAACAAGUUCCACCUUAACGGGCAUAUUAUUUUGUAUCGCYAAAAAUCCAGACAAACAACAGAAACUAUUCGAGGAACUCAAAACCAUUUUACCAAAUAAGGACUCUCGCUUAACUAUCGAGAAUAUGAACAAUCUUCCUUAUCUGCGCGCYUGUAUUAAGGARGGYAUGCGCUAUCAUCCCAUAAUUGCCGGCACUAUACGUCGUCUGCCGAACGAUGUUGUGCUGAGUGGAUAUCGUAUACCGGCAGGUAUUGAUGUUUCGGUUAGUUCCAAUUUGCUGUUGCGCAAUGAAAAAUUUGUAGAAGAGCCAAAUAAAUAUAUACCAGAGCGUUGGCUGCGUAAUGACACAGAGGGUAARAAAUAUCAACUCAGCAACCCUUUUCUAUUUCUUCCCUUCGGCUUUGGUCCACGUAGUUGCGUGGGCAAACGAAUUGUGGACCUAGAGUUGGAGGUCACUUUGGCACGUUUGGUGCGCAAUUUCAUGAUAGAAUUCAAUUAUUCAACGGACAAUGCUUUCUUACCGAAAAUGGUAUUCAUACCAGCUAUACCACUUAAAUUCAAAUUCGACGAAAGAAAAGAGUGAAGCAACGGGUAUUAACUGAUAAAACAAUUAUAGGCUCACGGGUUUAUGAAAAUAUAAAUUGUUUAUAAGUGGUAACCAAGAAAAUUAGGUAAUUGGAUUGAUUGGCCGAUAAGAGUACUCUUGUAAAAAUAAAAUAUAAAUAAGUACUUGUACUGUCGUGGGUUCACAAAAUAGAUUAAAUAUAUGCAAACAAAAAAGAAAA